AUGGUUGAAACUAAGAGGAAUGACAAGAGGACAACACAACUCGUUGUACACAACUGGGUCUUUUCGGGCGAGUUGCUGCAUCUUCGAUCGUACCGACACUUCCACGUCUUGUGUCGUACACAACCAGCGAUCGCCGUGGCUGCUUACGAGGGCAUCCAAGAUGCGAUGAGUGCAUGCCGUGAACAUAUGCGAUUUCAGCCGUGGGACUGCUCGCACAUUUCUACAGUACUACAUGACCCACCAAUACUGAGGCUUGGAACCCGAGAGACUGCAUACCUUUGGGCAAUGUCAUCAGCAGGUGCAGCGUGGGGUGUAUCGACGGCAUGCGCACAAGGAUGGUUAACAGAAUGUGCAUGUAAUGGACGUGCUCAUAAGAAGGAAAACUGGGAAUGGGGAGGAUGUUCAUAUGGAGUACAGUUUGGUAUCGUUACGUCGAGAAAGCUUCUGACACGUCACACCUCAUCCAGAUCACCGUUACGUAAACUCGAAAAGCAUAAUCUAAAGGCAGGACGUUUAGAAUGGUUGAAAUUCAAUUAUGAAUUGUACAAUGCUUGUAAGUUGUCAACUCCAAUACGUACUCCUUUAAUGACACCUCCAAGGAAAGAAAAGCUUAUUUCAGGCCGUCAAAAAAACCCUCAUCUCAUCUUGCAAAUGUCACGGCAGGUGCCUGGAACCAUGCCUCGACGCAGACACUGUAAAUUCGCCAAACGCUUAGUAGAAGAGAAUACUCGUGCGCGGAAUGCUGAGCUGGUAUUCGUUGAAGACAGUCCAGAUCCAUGCCUAACAAUGCGCAUCACGAAUAGAGUCUGCAACUGGCGUAAUGAGACAAGCAGUGUUGGAGACUGUGGUUUAUUAUGUUGUGGUCAUCCAUUCAAGGCUCGUUUUUUUGGACAAUAUUUUCACUUCUCGUUCCUUAAAAUACCUUCAAAUAAUCAAGCUUUUGGUUGA